AUGUUUGAUUGCAGUGAAAUUUUUUUCCUUUUCUUCAAGUAUGGUGGUACUUUCAUCAAGUUUGGAGAUUCCACUGAAUACUUUGGUGGAAAAUUCAAGACAGUGUAUGGCUUAGACACUGAUAGAUUUAGAUACUUUGAUUUAGUAGAAGAAGUAGAGAAGUUGGGGGUUAAGGAGUUUGAUAAAAUUAUGUAUCAAGUACCUCAGAAGCUGAGAUAUGCUGGUAUGAAAGAGAUAGUGGAUGACAGUGGUGUUAUGGAGAUGAUCAACAUGGGCCAUAAGUUCAGAACUGUAAUACAAGUUUGUGUGGUUGAGAGUAACCCUAAGGAUGAUGGUGAUGGAGUUAAUGUUGUUGAUAAUGCAUCUGAAGGGAGUAAUUCUGCAAACAAAUUGACAGAUGAUGAUGGUGAUGUAAAUGUUGGGGACCAUGCAAUUUGGAGAUGA